AUAUUUGAUUGAAAAAAAAAAAAAAGACAAAACCGAAAUUAAAAUAAAUAAAUCUAGCAAAUAAUUUUCCUUUUUUGGGUCUAUCUCUCUUUUCUAAUUCCUUACUGCUCCUUUGUAUUGGACCCCUCUCUAUCUUUCUCUGUAAAAUCUCAAAGAGCUGUCAUAACCCAAUUUAGGAACGGUCCUCUGCUCUUCGGUUUCAGGGAGUGGAGUCGAAGGAGUGUGGGGGAAGGAAUUCUGGAGUGAAAAUGGCGGGGAUUUCAAGUGAGGAAACUGGAGUGGGAAGGUCUGUGGAGGGUAUAUCAAGUGGACAGCGAUGCCAGUCAGGGCAAGCACUAGCAGAGUGGCGGUCGUCUGAGCAGGUGGAGAAUGGAACUCCAUUGACUUCGCCCCCAUAUUGGGACACAAAUGAUGACGAUGAUGGCUGGCCAAAACCUUCUGACCUAUACGGAAAAUACACGUGGAAGAUAGAGAAUUUUUCACAGAUUAGCAAACGAGAACUCCGUAGUAGUGCAUUUGAAGUUGGUGGCUACAAAUGGUACAUUUUAAUUUAUCCCCAGGGCUGUGAUGUUUGCAAUCAUCUGUCAUUGUUUCUCUGUGUUGCAAAUCAUGACAAACUCCUACCAGGCUGGAGUCAUUUUGCUCAGUUUACAAUAGCUGUUGUAAAUAGAGAUCCGAAGAAAUCAAAAUAUUCUGAUACUUUGCAUCGGUUUUGGAAGAAAGAGCAUGACUGGGGUUGGAAAAAGUUCAUGGAGCUAUCAAAAGUGUCUGAUGGAUUUAAAGAUGGUGACACUCUAAUUAUAAAGGCUCAAGUUCAAGUCAUCAGGGAGAAAUCAGAUCGCCCUUUUCGAUGCCUUGAUUGUCAGUAUAGGAGAGAACUUGUUAGGGUAUAUUUGACAAAUGUGGAGCAAAUAUGUCGGCGUUUUGUGGAGGAAAGAAGAGGGAAGCUUGGGAGGUUGAUAGAGGACAAAGCUCGGUGGUCAAGCUUCUGUGCUUUCUGGUGGGGAAUUGACCAAAAUGCUAGGCGCCGUAUGUCUAGAGAGAAAACAGAUGUAAUUCUGAAAGUAGUUGUAAAGAACUUUUUUAUAGAAAAGGAAGUCACAUCUACUUUGGUAAUGGAUUCCUUGUAUAGUGGAUUGAGGGCUCUUGAAGGGCAGUCUAAGUGCAACAAAGUGAGACCAAAGUUGUUGGAUGCUGAGGAAACUCCAGCUCCCAUCAUUCAUGUAGAGAAUGAUAUGUUUGUUUUGGUGGAUGAUGUGGUGCUACUACUAGAGAGGGCUGCCUUGGAACCAUUGCCACCAAAAGAUGAGAAAGGUCCUCAAAAUCGUAUGAAGGAUGGUAGCUCUGGGGAGGACUUUAACAAGGAUUCCGUUGAGCGGGAUGAAAGGCGUCUUACAGAAUUGGGGCGUAGGACUGUGGAAAUUUUUGUCCUUGCCCAUAUAUUCAGUAAACAUGGAUGCUUAAACUAUUUCAUGGUUGCAUACAGCAAUAAAAUUGAAGUUGCCUAUCAGGAAGCUGUUGCAUUGAAGAGGCAAGAAGAGCUAAUUCGUGAAGAGGAAGCAGCAUGGCUGGCUGAAAGUGAGCAGAAGGCUAAACGUGGUGCUGCUGAAAAGGAGAAGAAAUAUUACUAAGAGCCACGAAGAUCAAGGGAGAAGAAGCGGUGAAGAUGGGGAUUGUGGAUUCUGCGCAUGAUAGCAUGGAAGAGGUGACUGAGGCUAGCUUGCGCCUGGGCAAGCAAUUGGCAAGCAGGAAAUGGAGUGGUGAGGUGUAUGCGGAGAUAAGGAAGAGUCUGUAUCCGGAGCUAUGUGGCGUCUUGGGAUUGGUUGAAAAAGCGGUAAUUGCCAAUUCUAGGCUUUAAUGAAUGAUCUUCUCAAAAUUUUCUGUUUUGGGUUAAAUUAAUAAUGACGUCCAACAGUUUAUGUUUGUAUAACAAGGAGAACAUUUGAACCUUUGGAAUUUUUAUGCUGCAAAUAGGAGCGGGUUUGAACUGAA